AUGGGAGGCUUGGUAGCCGCUUCGAAACAUCAACCAGCCUCUCUUAAUCCUUUACCUCCGAAUAUCUCAAGUUCUCAUCGCAUUUUUCAUCUUGCACUGCAAAAUCUGUCUGUCAUCACGAUUCCUCACACUUGUUUUGAAGUAAUUCUUGACAUGAACGCUACUGACUUUGAAGAGUCACAACCGGACGAAUAUGUCUAUAUUCUCCCGAUCAUUGUCAUACUCGGGCUUAGCGGCAAUGUUAUCAGUCUCGUCACAAUUUUUCACUCAAGACUCAGACAUGUAAGUAGUGUGAACGCCAAUGUGUAUUUGAUCGUGCUCACUAGUGCGGAUAGUGUGUUCUUAUUCGGGAUUCUACUGGUUUGCUUCAAGGUGGAUUUUAUUGCGUAUGAGUACUGUGUUGGGUUGGAGUACGUGCUUAUGACCGCGUCAUAUAUCAGUAGUUGGUCAACAGCGGCACUGACCAUCGAACGAUAUCUGGCCAUUGCUCACCCGCUUAGACAUGUUAGGUACGGACAUGUGGAUCGCGUGCGUAUGAUCGCCUACUGGGUGCCUAUACCAUUUGUUCUUCAGCUAUUCCAGUUCAUUUCAUUAAAACCAGUCGAUGGUAACGAUAGAAAAUGUGCACUGAAGGAAGCAAAUUAUCAGAUUCUUGCUCAAGCAGUCGACACGGUUCUUUGUUACCUCAUGCCUUGUCUGACUAUUGUGAUUUUGAACAUUUUGGUGGGGUUAAAAAUUAGAAAAUCAGCAUUUCUUGAUAGCACCAAGCAACAAACUUCAAGACGUCAGGGAGGUGGUCAUGCGGCUCAAUCAGGAGCUUGGACGCGAAUUUUAUGGGUCAUGCCGUUGGUGUUCGUCGUGCUGAAUACACCAUUCUAUGUAAUUAUGAUGAUUGAAGUGUUCUGGCAAGUCGUCUACCAUUCUCCACCUGAAUUCACCCAUCGAUCUCAGGCUUUCGUGCUGCUCUACAACACGGCUCACUACCUUUACUAUAUUAACACAGCGAUAGAUGUCGUGGUUUAUGCCUUCUCAAGUGCGAACUUUCGAAAAACAGCUGUCAUAGCGUGGAAGAGGAUACUUUGCCCCGGAUAUGCUGAGAAAAGCAAACACAAGCCUCACAUCAACGGUCUUCACUCUUGCGACAAAUUUCACCCUGUUCUGCUAACUGAUCAAAUGACAACUCGUGGCAGCUGCCGAAUGAGCGUCACUCAACGAGCGAUGAGCGUUGCGAGACUGUGCGGAGAUCGAUAUAUUGAUCGAACGAGACCAGUUGCACAUAACGUGCUCAGAGAGAUGGAGAGACGUCACACAUACACAACACACCAUGUCUCACGCCUUUCGUUCAUAUCUUAUAUUGUGGAUUUUUGCCCUUGUGCCAUAAAUCUAUAUUUUUUAAUUCUUGUGUAA